AUGGCUUCUGAUGAUGGAUUCGGUCCUCGAAAGAGGCGCAAGAUUGGUCCUCCAGGGACGGAUCCUUAUGUUUUGCGAUCUUUAUUUGAGAACGUCCCGGUAGAAACCGAGGACAACCGCGACGUUUACAUCACCUGCGUUGAAUACUGGGACCAGAACUUGUAUAUCGGAACUUCCGCGGCCGAGAUCUUGCACUUUGUUUGCCUUCCACCAGCCGACGGCGAAUCAAAUGAGCCCACCUUUAUACUGGCAUCGCGAUUACCUAUCCCAUUCCAAACUACACCUUCGGACAUCGAUCGUGUAGGCGUCCAACAAAUCGUCAUAUUAGCUUCGGUGAAUAAAGCUUGUGUUCUUUGCAAUGGAACUGUCACAUUCUACAUGCUGCCAGAGCUCAGCCCGGCAUUUGGAAAUACCAAAGUCAAUCAUUGCCGAUGGAUCGGCGGGCUAGAUCUCGACCGGGGGGCUGAAUCCGAGGGCAACCCCGUCGUGAUGAUCGCGGCACAGAAUAAUAUCAUGCUAGUACAAAUCGGAGAUGAGGCGCGGCGCAUUAAGAAGAUCGGAUUUCCCGGGUGCAUGGUCGCAGCCCGUAGAGGCACCAUUGCCUGCGUUUCGGACUCUCAUUCAUACUCUCUGCUUGAAGUCGAACAUCAGCAGAAGAUUCCCUUGUUUCCAAUUUCAUCCUCGAAUGAAGUCUUUGAGUCUGGAAAUUUAGAAGAUAUCGUUCCAGGGCCUCAGACCCCUCUUAAACGAUCCCCUUCUUCAUCUUAUCCAAGCUCUCCUCCUAGUGAUUCGCGUGAACAUGGCAGAAGCAGCAGUCUAAAUGCAUUCGUGGGAAUGUUGCAACCGCAUGCUCAGACGCCUCAGAAGGAGCGAUCACCUUCGCCAUCGGGAACCCCAGAUCCUUUCACAGCCACCGGGACACCCCGGCGAUCAAGCUCGGAAGAGAGAGAAGACAAUGACGAAACACAAGACAAGGCUAUCCAUAGCCUGCAGGAUGAAUCGCCCACUGAAGCCCCCGAAGCUACAAAGCCAUUGCCUCCCUUACCGCCGAAACAAAUCUUUAAGCAGUUGCAACCUCAUGUGGUCUCUCCAACACCAUCAGAAUUCCUUCUGGUAACCGGAACAGAAGAAACGGAGCCCGGUGUGGGUAUGUUUGUAGACUUGGAUGGAGAAGUUGUGAGGGGAACCAUCAACUUCCAUCGAUAUCCGAAGUCGGUUGUCAUAGAUGCUGGUGAAGAUGACCAAUCCCUUCAACCAGACAACGAUGCCAAAGAUGAGUUUGUCCUCGCUGUGAUCAACGAAGGCGAAGAUCAAAACCGGCUAGAAAUUCAACAUUGGGAUGAUGACCCCGCGGAGAUUGAGCGCCAGAAGCGUUGGCUCGAUGUACCUUCAGUAGGGGAAAAUGGCGGCCGAGUUGGCUUAAGACAUACCAUUACUCCUAGUCACAUUGAACUCGAAGACAUCGGCCAACUCCUGCGCAUGUCUCGUCUCAAAACGCCUUUGCUUUCACCGCAUGUUCCAACUGCAGACCCUCGAACACAGGCCUCCAUUGAGCAUUCACAGAAGGAAAAGGAGCUUUUCGAGUCUCAGGAGUUGACAGACAGCGACGGCUCCAAGAAGAAUGAAAAUGGCUCAGAGUUGGAGGCGCAGCGCGAUGCUGAGGAAGCAAAAUUUGCCCAUGGAUUAGGCAAACUACAGAGCAGCCUCAUCCUAUGGUCAGGGUCUCAGAUAUGGCGCAUUGUUAAGAAUCCCUUGGUGGUUCAACUGGAGAAGGCCUUGCAACAGGCGCAGUAUACCAAUGAUAGUGGUCAUAUAAUUUUGCAGCGAGAUGCUGUCUUGGAGUUGACCAUGUCAAUUCAGGAUAUUGAGCCCCAAAAUGAGUCCGAAUUCAUUGGCCUGGGCUAUGUGAAGCAAAAAGCAAGCUUGUUGCUGUAUGCAGAUCUACUGUUCAUGCAUCCCGAUAACCGAACUGAUAACUUUAUCACGCAAACCGAGCAAGCUCUGGUGGCCGGUAAUCUAGAUCCUCGUUUAGCUUUGCUAUUCAUCCCACUGCUUCAGUCUGAGGUCCUGCAAGGCCCACAGGGCAUAUGGAUUCAUUGCGGUCUCGCAACCUUGACAGAGAAGUACAUCCAGCAAGUGGAAAAGAUAAACAAUGAGUUAUCCAGACCAGCUGCUACUCAAGGUCCCGUUCUGAAUAUGUUGAAGCGAUUCCUCUUCUCUUGGCAACAAAAGAGAGGCUAUGGUAGUAUUACGGAUGAGACCUAUGUCUUGGACAGUACCGAUGCUGCUCUCUUGCAUUUAGUGCUAGAACAAGAUGCUCAAUUAAAUGCGGAGAACCGCGCUGAUGCACAAACUCGCGUCGAAUUGAACCGACUUGUGGAUCGUUGGAAAGGCAAUUUCGAUCGAGCUGUGGCGCUGUUAGAGCAGUAUAAGCGGCUCUAUACCCUGAGUCGUCUUUACCAAAGCCAGAAGAUGUCUCGCAAUGUCCUCAAAACCUGGCGACGAAUCGUUGACGGGGAGUCUGAUGCUGGUGGAGAGCUCACGGCAGCAGGCGUUGAGGUUCAAAUGCGCAAAUAUUUGGUGAAUAUUAAAAAUUCUCAGCUCAUUGAAGAUUAUGGAUCCUGGCUCGCAGGGCGGAACCCCAGUUUGGGAGUCCAGGUUUUCGCGGACAGCUCUAGCCGUGUUCGACUCGAACCUGCAGAUGUAGUUGUCUUGCUCAAGGAGCGCGCCCCCAAGGCCGUUCAACACUAUUUAGAGCACUUGGUUUUCGCUAAGAAUUACACCCAAUACGCCGAUGACCUCAUCUCAUACUACCUGGAUGAAGUACUUUCCACUCUCGAAUCCUCACCCGAAGCACGGACUUCCCUUUCAGAAUCCUACUCAACUUACCGGGCCCUAUGUCCCCCAAAGCCAACAUACUUAAACUUCAUCACGGAAAACACUCCCAAUGAACAAUGGUGGAAGUCUCGACUUCGUCUACUACAGCUGCUGAGCGGCACCUCCGGCACACAAUUCUCCUCUACAUCCGUCCCAUCGGGCAUCAGCUACUCCAUUCCCAACGUGCUGGCGCGUAUCGAGCCCUUUCAAGAUGACCUUGUUUCCGAAAGCAUCAUCCUAGACGGUCUACAGGGACACCACCGUGCUGCUCUCCGACUCCUCACACACGGUCUAGGCGACUACGACUCCGCAAUUCGAUACUGUCUCUUCGGUGGUCCGCGUAGCUCUUCCUCCUCUACAAGCGUCGAGCCCGAACUUGCCGAUCAUGAUCUCCAAUCUGAGCUUUUCCGCCAUCUAUUGGAUGAAUUCCUGCAGAUCCAAGAUCUCUCAGAUCGUAUCGAGAGAACUAGCGAUCUUCUCGCUCGCUUCGCGGCUUGGUUCGACGUGCGAGAAGUGUUAGAUCUUGUUCCAGAGGAUUGGAGCGUUGAUAUUUUAGGUGGUUUCCUCGUUCAUGUCUUUCGGACACUUGUCUCUCAAACGCGGGAAACUCGUAUACAGCGUGCUCUUAGUGCAGGGCUUAAUCUGCGCAUUGGUGUUGAGUAUAAUGAUAACAUGGAGAAAUCUGGGCCCUGGGUGGAAGAUGGGGAAGGGCUUCGUCGGCUGAAGGAUGUUGAUACUGCUCAACCGCCCUCACCGUCGGAGGCUGAUACUAAUGGUCCGGUUCCGGUUGAGAAUGAUGAUUUUGGGGAUAUGAUAGUGCCUGGACCAGGGCAAUAG